ACGGGGACGGUGCAAUUCCGCCAUGUUGUGAGAAAUCUACUUACUCUCUCGAGACCAAGGGAGAGACAGAAAAAAAACGGAAUAUUUCAGUUGGGUUUCUGUGUUUUUGUUGUCCCUCUUUCAUCUCGUUUCCCGGACAAGUGAAGCGAAGUGAAUCCAGGUUAAUGCAACCCUGACUUAAUACAACCGCUGCACGAUGGCCUGCAACGCGCAAGAAGAUGAAUUUGACCAGCUUGAUAAACCUGGUGCUGAGAGAUCUCGGAGAAGACGAGCAACCAAUGAAGAGUGGGACAGCGAUCUUGAAGAUGACUUGCUUAGUGAUGACUGGGGUUUGAGCAAAAAGAAUCAGUCUGAUCAAUCUGAUGAAGAGCUAGAUGAUAACCUUCUGCAGAGUGAUGAUGAAGCAAAUGAAAGUUACCAAGAUGUGUCUAUUGACAUGAAUGCGUCAGCAUCUUUUGCGGGUACAUCUUUAGAAUUGUCCAAGAGUGUUGGUGAUAAAUCAAGUGAAGAGAUAUUCCAUUAUGCAGACCAUGACAUAGAUGAUGAAAAUGCAACUCUUGAAGUUGCAGAAGAUGCACAAGAAGAAAUGGAGGGCUAUGUACAUGCCGAAUAUGUUGAAGAGGAAGAAGGCGUGGAGUAUGAAGAUGACACACAGCUUGGAGACGACCAAAUCGAUUAUCCAGCAGAACAGGGGGAUGAAAUGUACAAUGAUGAAGUGUUAGACCUUGAAAUCAAUGACCCUCUAGAUGAUGAAUUUCAAGACGAAGACUACACGCAAUUUUAUGCCACAAACCAGGAUAUGCCAGGAGACCUGCAAACUCAGGAUAAUGAAGUCUAUGAGGAAGCAACAGCUGCAAAUACACAGGAGCAAGUUGUUGAAGUUGCACAAGAACCUGAAGAGGUGGUGAAACAAAUACAGGAAGUAGAAGAAAGAAAGGAAGUCUCUGAUGAUGAAGAUGAAGAUGACGAAGAGUCUGGAAGAAUGCGUUUCAAAACUGAACGGAAAGAAGGAACUGUUAUUAGGUUAACGGAUGCAGCUAGAAAGAGGAGAAACAUUCCAGACACAUUGGAACUUUCUGAUGAGGCUAAAGCAGCAUUGCGUGAGUUUGAGGAGACUGAACGCCAACGAAAACAGGGAAAACGAGGUCGGCGAGGAGGGCCUUCAGCUAAUGUUCCCUUUUGUGAUCAAAGGAGAGAGGGUGGUAGGAGGAGAGACCAACGACUGCCCUUGGUGCAAGUACCUCCAUCAUUGCAGAGUCCUCGUACUACAAUGAAUUCUUCAGAGCAUCAAUCUGGUAGAGGUACUGUACAACAGCGUCGGCAGCCACCGCCUCUUCUGGUACCCCAACGACAUCCUUCCACACCUCAGAUGUCUAGCUGCCCUCCACAGCAACCAGAACAGCAGGAACAGCAGAACUCAGAAACUGCUUCUGUUGAUUUGAAUUCAACGGUAAUUUCAACACAACAACCAAAGAACAUUCAUAUAAACCCUCAUUUCCGAGGUCCAGUCGUUACACCUGUGCAAGUGCCCUUGAUGCCUACGCCAAACCAGCCGAGGCCUGCUGUGGGCCCCCAGAGAUUCCUACCUACAGAUGAAGAUGAGGAAACAAGAGUGUAUCGUUUGAAAAUUGAAGAGCAGAAAAAGCUCAGAGAAGAAAUUCUGAAACAGAAGGAGCUCCGACGUCAGCAGCAAGCCGGUGCCCGAAAGAAAGAACUGCUUGAACGUCUUGCACAACAGCAGCAGCAGCAGCCGCCUGCUGCACCACAACCAGCAAAUGCACCACAGGCUCCCCAGAACAUUAACACAUCCACACUACAGGCUGUAAGCCUAGUACAGCCAAACAUAAAAAACAGACUAUCCACAAAGAAACAAGGCACAGGAGCCGGAGCACAACAACAAUUUAUUAAAACCCAUCAAGCUGGAAAUACUAUGCAGGUUCAAGCAGAAUUGAAAAAGAACAUCAACCAAACCAAACAGGUCAGACCUGCAUCUUUAAAUCAACUUCAGUUUUCAAAAGUUGUUCAGUGUAAACCAGUUAACAUACCAGGAUCUAGCAUGCAGUCUGGAAAGAUGAUUGUUCCUGCAGUCAAGACUCCAGAAUUAAAACCUGGUGUAAAACGGACUGUAAUGCAAAGAAUGAACAGUGGAGGAGGGGAUGGGCCUCACAUUAAUCCCAAAAUAAGGGUACUCAAGCUUCCAACUAUGCAGGGGAGCGAGAACACUGGCUUUUCUCAUCCUGAGGUCCAAUCUCAGCAGCGGCAACACCAGCAGCAUCUUCAGAAACAGCAGCCUGUUCGAAAGGUCACAUUGACAAAAGGAGCCCAACAGCUACAGCAGCGACCACAGCAGCAGCGGCAGCAAUCUGUACCACAAUUACUAGGAAUGACAAAGAAUUCAGCCAAUCAACAGAACAGAGUCAUUAUGCAGGGGCGCGGCGCAGCAUUACCAGGCCAGAUGGGCCGAGGACGCAUGAUGCAACAUAAACAGAAUCUGCGAGUGGUGGAAUGCAGACCUCAACCAUGUGUGGUGUCAAUUGAAGGGCUUUCUUCUUCAACUACUGAUUUCCAGUUGAAAAACCUGCUGAUGUCAGUUGGACCUAUUCAGGACUUCAAGAUGAUGCGAGAACAACGAAAGGCUGUUGCAAAAUUCAAGGAGCCUGCACAUGCUUCAGCGUUUCAACAGAAAUUCCAUCGGCACAUGAUAGAUCUGUCUCAUAUCAAUGUGGCCUUGAUCAUGGAUGAAUGAUUAUUCUUGGAAUGAAAACAAAGCCUCGUUCUAAUGCAGAAGUUCAGAUCAAGUCAAACGAAGAAACGAAAUGGCUGAACUAGCAUACAGUGAUCAAUUUCUAGCCAGUGUGUAUGCUAUUAAAUUGGUGAAACCAAAGGAGUUGGCCCAGGUCCAGUGUGGGAUGAAGGAAGUGAUGCCUCUGAAGAAGACUGUGUUUGUGCUCUUGUUUCCACAUGUUUAUUGUUUGUCACCAAAUGGAACAAAGUCUUUUGCAAAAACACCUCUGUGGAAUCGAAAUACCACAAAAAAUGACUUAACUGUGAACAGUGACUGAAGUAGGCACUGUAGAAGUAGAAUGGCUGCUUGUCAAGCGUAAUAGAGAACUUUUAAUGGUGAAUAACAUUGGAUAAUGGUUGCUGCAGAAUUCUUUCCUUGCAGGUUUAUAGUUAGGUGCUUAACGUGCGCCCCUUAAAAUUAUUUUGUACUUAUAGCUUGGCUAGCUUCAAAAUAGUCCAUUAUUUUGCCCUUCUAAAGUAAGAAUUAACUGAAAGGAACUCAGAUUUGCAUUGGGAAAUGCAUGCUAGUGACUGUUUCAAUUGCAAAUUAGUCCAUUGUUUUAAAUCUCUUGAAAGAUACUUAACUACAAGACUAGAAAGCAACUUGAAGACAGUUUGUUUGAUGAGGCACUUGCCUGUUAAUUGUAGGUUGCAGCUUUAUUUUUGUUUUUCAGCAAAGCUUCUGAGAAAAAAAAUGAAAGUAAUACCUUCUGUUCUUCAGUAAGAUGCGUAUUAUUAAUUUUAUUGAAAGGCAUCAUUUGAAAGAAAAAUUACUUGCAUAUUGAGACUACAAAAACACAUUCAGAUCCUUUUUGUUCAAUAACCAAUGGAACAUCAAAAUAUUUAAAGAAUGAAAUAUGAAGAAUCUCAACCUGUGCCAGGCCAAAUGAUCUUGAAGUAUGAACCGUUAUGUUAAAUAUCCCAAAUACCUAAUGAUCAUCUGGAAUAUAGCUAUUUAUGUCACUGUAUUGUAGGCAACAGUGAAUUAGUUUGGAGCUACAGAUUGAGUCAUAUUUAGACAUCAUGUGAAUACUGCCAGAGCAGUAACGGAAUGAGAGUCCUGUUACUUUGCUACAUGUUAAUAUGUAGUUGGUUUGUUCCACACUAUAAAACAUGAGACUGUUUGAACAAAGAACUACUUCUGGGCUUUCUGCAGGUAUUGUGAAUGUUUUGUUCACGGUUGUAACACAAGGCAUUCAUUACUACGAUAGUAAUGUGUAUUUCUUAAUGUGAAACUUUUGAAUUGGCAUUUUAAGUAGAAUAAACUGAGCUAAGUUCUAGCAGGCAUGGUGAUACAUUAAACUCCAGAAUCACGUUUUCAUUCACCUGUCUGUUGGUUGGUGACUUUUUUAACUAUAAAAUUUGCUGAAUUCCAGCCAUCCAUAUAAACAAAUGUUUCACUGCCAGAGGCAGUGACUGCUGACUUGCUCAGUUUUACGUCUUGGACUUGCUGGUGGGAUUAUUCAAACACCAGACUGCCAAAACAGAUGGGCCUCUGCUUCUUGCCGAUGACAUGAAAACUGAAAGACCUUCAGAAAUGCAGUUGUUUUGCAAGGUAUUUUUUUGACUAGGGCUUAUGUGGGGUGGGGGCAGCAGAAUAGAAGAUGGUUUUAGGUUUUUUUUUUAAUAAGUGUGUGCUACAUAGCAAAGUCUAUGUCUGUAUUUCAGAACACAUUUUAUUGUGUAAUUUUGUACAAAAAGGAGUACUCCUCUUCCAAUUCAAAGACUGAGAACUAAUAAUUUGAGUUGUUAUCUUACUAGUUAUAUUUCCUGCAUCUCAAUCGUCCUGAAGGAUAUUGUGCAAUUAAGUCAGCUUUUGUUCGACCUAAUCGGCCUUUAGUAUUUAGCUCAAGUACAGCUGCGGAAACUGUCAUGGAGGAUUUGAUACUCAAAGAGAUUGAUAUAUGACUUAUGUGGUGGAAAAAUAUGUGGGUGUUUGUAAGAUUGUAAUACAUCCUUUGAAACAGUUUGCCCGUGCAACCCCAUUUAAUAAAACAAUCUAACAAUUAUCGAGGCAUAAUGUGCUUCAGAUUUAUUGAUGCUUUUUCAGAUGUUGCAGCUUAUUGAGGAUUUGUAAUUACUUUCAUAAAAUAGAUCAAUAUAUUAACUGCAUAUUCUGUUAAUGCUUAUUUAUGGCUGCAAAAUGCAGUUUCUUGUACUGUAAGCAAAGGAGGAUUAUUACUGAUAAUAUAGACCCACAAAGGAGAAUACAGAGUAGGAAAUUUCUGACAAUGAAAGGUAGAAGUUGCAGGACUAGGAGUAAAUUGAGUUUCUGUGCAAGUUGUUUUUUUUUCGUAUUGGAUGCUAAAUCCUGAGUGGGCACAAGGAUUGAAAGUAUCAUGCAGAUUUUCAUUUUAAUUUUAUCAGGCUCGCCACAGACUCUCAUCUGAAGAAGCAGAAUUUUGCCUGGGUAUAAGAGAGCUUUCUGUGCCAAUUCUUGCUAGACAAGGAACAGUUUGAUUGUAUCAUGAUCACAUUUAGAUGGAUUGAAAUGCAUUAAAAAUACUAAGGGUUA